CGAAGUCCAGCCUGCCUCUAGACGAUCUUUGCCGGGCCCUGUAGGUAGGUGGGAUCGGCUCGCAAACACGACAAAGCCAGAGGCAAGGAUAAAGAGAGUAAACCGACGGUAGCGCAUCCGCUACCUUUCAUACCAAAGGUGUUGGGAUGUCCAGUACCUGCACCUAUAAACUGCUCUGUUGGUGAACCGCUAUCCAAGGGAGACGAUGGAGUGAAAAUGGAGUGCUCAAACGAAAAAUGUCCGUUCGCAGAUGUUUUACUGCACCAGGAAUGCUUUGACGCCUUUGAAGAUCAUUUAGUAAAAGUCCUAAGUAACCUAGGAUCUGCCAGAGGGUGGACAGACGCUCAACGAAGAGCUAAUCUAUGGGAAAAGAAGGGUCAGUCACUUGUUGCUAAGGUAUGUCGAUGUCGAUGUGGGCUGGGUAUGACGAGAUUGGAUAGGCUUGCAGCCGAUGAUCGAUCAAAGCGCAAGGUCAGAGAAGUGGAGCAAGCUCAACGUGAAGCUGCUCUUGCCGCUGGGCUGCGCACUCUACCGCAGAAGAAGAAGCAUAGGGCGCGAAAUGCUCUUCCGAAGCUGAAUUUCGGAGGCCUCAUGAAAGCACCUCCUCCAUCAAAAGCGUACAUGGAAGAUGUGCAUGAAUCCUGGACAUCAUUACGGCAGCAAGGAUCCACACAUCGAGAUCGAUCUUCAUCGUCAUUUUGUUCGUCCCUCACCAAUCAACAGUCUAGAAGGGAAUCUUCAACUUAUGCUUCCGAUGCUUGGGGACUUCUACCAUCGUUUUCGAGUGAUACUAGAGCUCAGUCAGUUAUGUCUGGGCACUUCGCUGAUCAGGAUGAUAGUAUAUCAACAUCCUCCAAAGAUUUUGCUGCCUCGUCCAAUAGUAUAGAUAUGCUUUCCAUGCCAGUUUCGUACGCAUCUGUAAUGAAAAAUGGUGCGGCUCUGCAGUUUGGAAGCUCUCAAGUAUCGUCACCGUAUGUUGCUACACCGCUGAGCGUUCAAACCGAUUUGUUGGUCAGUGAUAGCGGUGUGGAGAUGAAGAGUCGUUCUACCACAAGCUCCGAAUUUUCCGAACUUACCUCGGUGAAGGAUCUUUCGUCUCCUGUCAAGGAGGACGCGGCGAAUUUGCCCUUAUUGGGGUUUGGCGGUUCGGAAGAUGAACUUGCUGCCAAGCUAGUUGAUUUUGAUUCCUUGUCGAGAAGAGGUUUUGAGGAACAAGAUGAUCUCCGCCAACUUAGCCCUACAGCGGUUCUUCCGGAUACGCUUUUACCUCUUGAAUGUCCAUGCAGCGGCCCAACUGUGAACGACUGUACGAGUUUACCAGAAUGGCACCUCUUCAAUGGCACAAGCUUCGCUUUAGGCGAAAGUGUUGUAGCCAAUACAUUCCUUCCUAUAUGGAAAUCACAACAAACUUUCGAAUUACCAGAAAUCAGUUCUUUGAUUUCAUCGCUUAAACUCAAACUCGUUGCCACAAGAUAAACAUUAUAAAAUUUCUGAGAUUAGUUCAUUCCUUAUUCUCAAGAUAAAUUUGUUAUCUCAUGGAUGGAUAUCUGUUUCUCUUACUUCUUUCUAUGCCUCCUUGACCAGUAAAAUCUUUACUGUC